GGAUUUGUGGCCAACUUUUUACUCGGCGGUUUGGCCAAAUCUUACGGGCUCGUGAUGGAGGCGUUUCAGGAAGAAUUUCAGUCCGGAAAUGCUUAUCUUCUUCUGGCUGGUGGACUCAUCUACACGCUGAUGUAUUGUCUGUCCCUGGUCAAUCACCAUCUAUCCCAACGGUACGGGAGCCGACCUAUAGUUUUGGCCGGAGCUCUUGGUUCCUGUAUCAGUCUACUGGUGGCCGCCUAUUCACCUAACAUUGCCUUAUGGGUAAUUGCAAUCGGUUUUGGUGUCGGUGCAUCACUUUCCUGUAUCUACUUUACGGUGUUCUCGGUGAUUGGCCAAUGCUUUCGACGGUAUCUGGGCCUGGCCAACGGCAUCAGCGUGGCCGGUGUGAGUGUUGGCCAGAUGGCUUUCCCCUCCCUCAUCACCUAUCUGAAUCACACGUAUGGGACACGUGGUGGCACGGUUGUAAUGAGUGCGGUGUGCUUGCAUUUACUCAUCACGGCCGCACUACUACCGAGAUAUAUUAUCGACCCAGAAGCCCCACCACAACCGCCUGUAGAGAAAACAAAACGCGACCACGAAGAGCGUUGUCGUGGUCGACGUCGAUUCAAAUUGCGACGGAAACAACACGGGAAGUCUCGGCGCAGAGGUCAGGACCGGGAGUCGGCUGAAUUAACGGCCAAUUCCACAAUGGUGUCAUUGGAUGUGGUUGACGUCCUCGCAGUAAAUGGUUCGGCAGACAAGGCAGCGGCGCUACUGGAGCUGGAAGAAAAAGCAUUUACUUGGAUUGCUAUUCCCUAUCCAUCGUCACUGAGACUUGCUCAGCUGUUGAAACUCCUCACCCAGUCAUGUAUUAACAAAUAUCAGGCAACAUGA